AAAUCAUCAGAAAAUUACUGAGAAUUAUUAUUUUUACGUAAAGCUUAAACGAAACGAUUUUUCUACAUGUUUAUUUACUAAAACAUAUUUAUUUUCCAGAUCAGUAUAGUUUCAUUUGACAUGAGUAAAGUAUAACUCAGCACGUAAUAGGGUUUGAAUUAUGAUGUCGAGACAAGCUGCUGGUUAUGUCAAGUCAUCAAAGACAAAUAAUGCAAGACUAGGACGAGCGAUAGAAUAUCUUUUACCGCAUUACUUUCAAGAAAUAAUAGUUCAAAAAAUAAAAAGUGGGGCCUUACAAAAUGCUGUUACAAACAAUAAAUAUCUAAAAACUCAUCUUAAUCCUGAUGAAAGUUUACAAAUAACCACAGCAACAAAACAUGGCUAUGCAAACGCUUUUUUCGACAUAACGCUUAUUUACAAGAUUGUCAGAAAUCUUCAAUUGGUACAAGCACCGACGAAAGGAUGGGGUGGUGGGUAUCCGGACGAUAAGGACACAACAGUGGGAGAUGAUCUUGAACGAAUCAGAGUUAAAAGAAACACAAUCAUACACGAAGUUCUGAGAAGAGAUUCCUAUGUAACAGACAAGGAAUUAGGCCUGUAUUUCACACUGUUUAAGGCAAUGGCGAGCAGGUUAGAACGUGAUCUAGGAGUCAUUCCAGGAGAUUUUGUACAGAAAUUUGUAGAACUACAAGUAUGCUCCAUGGAUGAAGAAAUCAUGAAAUCGUAUCUUGAAGCUGUUGAAACAUCGAGGAAGAGGUUGCUGGAUGAAAUCAAAAACCCUUCACUAAGUAAUUCUCAGCAGAUCAUAGUACACAAGUGGGAAGAAGAAGACGUAAAUUUUGUUAAAACAAAUGCAGCAGAUACAAUUUUACAACUUUUUACAACUGACGCUUGUGUUUUAGUUAAAGGCGCACCAGGUGAUGGGAAAUCAACUACAAUACGCCAUGUUGCCUUAAUUCUACAUAAUAUGAACAAAUAUGAAAUAGUCCCAUGUAAAGGUCCGAAUUGCAUUGAAAAAUAUUACAAAAAGGACCGAUAUCAAGUUUUUGUUAUAGAUGAUCUAUGUGGGAAAUAUAAUUUUGAUCAGCUUAAAGCAGAUGAAUGGUCAAAUUCUUUUAUUAAAGAAUUUAUGACAAGGAUUCUAGAACUUGGGAAAGCUAAAUUUUUGACAUCUGUUAGGUUGCAGAUAUGCGGAGAAGAUAGGUUUAAGGUAUUCAACUUCCUCAACUAUAAAUCUGUAGAUUUGUCAGAUAAAAAAAUGGUUACACUUGAACAAAAGUAUAAAAUUCUUACAGAACAUUUGACUGGGGACGCUGCAAAAAUGCUAGAGAAAUAUGAAGACAGAAUUUCAGAUAUAAGUUUGUCACCUCUAUUAGUAUCCCUAAUAUAUGAUGGCAUGGACAUUGCAUUAUUUUUACAAAAUCCGCUGGAUUUUUAUUGGAAUGAAUUUGACAAAUUACAAGUAGAGCAAUUAUGCGCUUUGUUUUUGUUCACUGUGUAUAAUGGUCAUAUAGAAUCAAAAUUCACAAAAAGCGAAAACAAACAAACUAUUUCAACAAUUGCAAAGGCUUUUAUUGAACGAUCUAAUCCAAUUCAAUCAGACGUCACUAAUCUAAUUUCCAAACACUUAAAUUUACUUUCAGGCAAAUUUUUGGUUAACAAAGAUGGCGUUUUUACUCCCAAACAUAAUGAACUAUUUGACAUUAUCUGUUACUAUUUUGGCACAAAGGAACAAGACAUAUUCAUACAGUAUGCACACGCGCAAGUCAUAGGUCAGAGAACUGUAUUUGAAUCUUUCAACUUAAAAAACCUAAUACAAUUCACCAUUCUUAUAAAGAAAGAAAAUGAGGAAAUGUAUUUCUUAAGAAUGGUUAAAAACAUAUGUUAUGGGAAGAUCUGGGAUGCCUUCAACAACUUUCAGCUAUUAUACAUACUUCAAUUCAAGUUAAGAUUUGUUACCUAUUUGGAAAGACUCAGUGAUACUGAGAAAGAUAAAAUGGUUGAAAUAAGGGAAAGAUCAGAUGGGACAAGCAUAUCAAUGCCAGUUUCUCUUUUAUAUGUAGCUUCCUAUUUUGGUUCCUUGCAUCUAGUGAAGUUCGUUUUGAAACAUUCCAAUGUGCAACUUAAAGACGACCAAGACGAAUAUCCACCAUUGAUUGCAUCCUGUGAGAGAGGUCAUGAAGAAGUUGUCAAAUUGUUAAUUGACAAGGAAGCCAAUGCUAAUCAAUCCGGUCAUUUAGGGACAACCCCAACUAUUGCAGCAAUUCAGAAUAAUCAUAUGAAUCUUGUUAAAAUUUUGAUCGAUAACGGUGCAGACAUUAACAAAGACGACCAUAAUGGAAUGACACCUUUUUUGUGGGCAUGUGUGUUACAAAGAGAAGAUAUAGUAAACUUUUUAAUUGACAAAGAAGCCAACAUUAAUGAAACAAGCAGAGAUGGAUCAAGUUCUUUGUUCUGGUGUUGUGUUAUGGGUUAUCAGGAGCUAGUUUGUUUACUUCAAGACAAGGGAGAAAUAGGAUCAAUUUCAAAGCCAAAUAAAGAUGGUAAAACACCUUUAAUGGCAGCUUGCUAUUUUAGACGAUUUAACAUUGUACAUUAUCUUCUAAAACAUUUGACUUCAUAUGACGAAGUUGAUAAAAAUGGCUGGACCGCCUUAAUGGAAGCUUGCUUUAAUAAUGACAAUGGUAGCUGGAAUAGGUUCUUGAAACAGUUUGAUAAGCAAAAAAGUAUAAGGAUUCCACUGUUUAGGCUUUUAUCGAAAAAAGGUGACAUGAUUGAUGCUUACUACAAAAUAAUUGAAAAACUUGUCGAAAGAACAAAUUUAAAUCUACAGGAUACUGACGGUAAAUCGGCACUGCAUCAUGCAUGUGAAGGUCAGUAUAACCAUAUAGUUCAUAUCUUGACUGAAAAAGGAGCAUCCGUAAAUUUAGUGGACAAAAGAAAAUCAACACCCCUUAUGGGAGCCUGCUUUAGUGAAGACAAUGAAACAGUACGCCCUAUUAUGGAGGAUUACAGCAAUGGGUGCAAACCAAUGAUUGAGCAGUUGCUCCUGAAUGCUGCUGAUGUAAAUGCUGUUGAUAAACGUGGAUGGAAUCCUUUCUUUGAUGGGUGUCAAAAAGGAAACUUUACAAUAGUAAAACGGCUGAUUAGAUUUGUUGCUGAUGUCAAUAAACGGUACAGAAAUGGAAAAACGCCGAUUGAAAUGGCCCGUGAGUGUGGAAAUCACGAUAUCAUCGACUUAUUGAUUCAGGAAGGUGCUAAUCCAGGUGUUAAUGCGAAUGAAGAGGCUGACUGUGUACCAGAAAUGGGUCAUUCGUAUCAUAUGCAUGAUUUUUCUGACACUUCUUCAGACGGAUCAAACCCUGAUGAGGAUAGCUCUGUGCAAAACUUCAAACAUCAUAUUAGUGACCGCAAAAAAGGUGAAAAAUUACUAAAUGCAUGCAUAGAUGAAAAUGAAGAUGAGGUUAAAGAUAUGUUAGAAUCCGCACUUGAAUAUCAUGUUCUAGAUUUUUCAAAUAGAUAUGGUAAAACACCAUUGUUAGAAGCUUGCAGGGUAAAGAAUGUAACAAUUGUCAAUCUUUUGUUAGAAGCAGGUGCUAAUGUAAAUAAAGAUGAUGCUAAAUUUUGGGCUCCUCUUCAUGAGGCAUGCAAAGUAGGAGAAAAAGAUAUAGUAAAUCUACUAUUGGAGAAGAAUGUCAAUAUAAAUGCUUGCGAUGACCGCGGUUAUUCGCCUCUUCUAAUAGCCAGUCAAAAUGGUUACAAAUCUAUCGUUGAACUCCUAGUAAAUUAUCGCGCACAUGUCAAUAUUUCCAGUAAUGUAAGAAUAACACCUCUUCUAGCGGCAUGCACCAAAGGCCAAAUUGAAAUAACCAAACUUCUUAUUGUUAAACGAGCCGAUAUUAAUAAAGCUGAUGGUUACGGCAAUACCCCAUUAAUGGUAGCUAGCUAUUAUGGACACGGUUCAAUUGUUGACCAGCUUUUGGCGAAAGGUUGUGAAAUUGAUCAGAAAGAUAUGAAAGGAUGGACAGCUCUUUCAUGGGCAUCAAAAGGAUCAUCAAAAGGAUGUUGUAAAUGUAUUAUUGAUGCGUCAGUAAAGAGAAAGUAUAAGGAUUUAGUAAGGAAGCCAAGUGACGAAAAAAUUUAACUUCUUAGAAGUUAGACGGUGGCUAUAUGUAGUUAUGUAUGAGUUGUUUUUUUUUCAUUUUUCGUUGCUUUUUUGUUAAAUAGAUCUAUUUAAGUACAUACGUUUGUAAUUAUACGGUGAUUUGCAUGUUACCAGUUUAUGGGAACCAGCAAAGAUUAUCAAAAGUAAUAUAUGAAAUGCUUAAAAAGUCAAAUAUUCCCGUAUUUAUUUGUUUUAAUGAAGAUUUAAGGAAAAUACCUCACAAUUGAUUUUGAUUUUUUUUUCCUAAAAUAUAUUAUCUUAAAAGACUGCCCAUAAAGACCUAAUAUUGAGAUUAAUUCAAUAAAUGUAUUUAAAUAAAUUUUCUCUCACAAUUAAACAAUUUGAUGAUGUU